GCCCCACUAGAAGGUCACGUGGUCUGAUAUACUUCUCUCUGGCAGAGGUAGCAGCGUGGACAUUUGCCGGAAAAUAGUCUUUGCAAUCAUGCUUUCAUCACGACUCACGUCCAUUUUAACGAGAAGUUUGGCGAGAAGAACACCUCAGAUUUAUCAUGGAUCCCUUGGUGCAGUAUCAGUUGCUGUACGAAAUAUAACAUCAUCUAGUCCACACUUUGCAAGUAGUGGGACUGCAGAGGUGUCUUCAAUCUUGGAACAAAGAAUUUUAGGGUCUGCACAGAAGGCUGAACUGGAAGAAACUGGACGCGUUCUGUCCAUUGGUGAUGGUAUUGCUCGUGUUUAUGGCCUUAAAAAUAUUCAGGCAGAAGAGAUGGUGGAGUUCUCAAGUGGUCUCAAGGGUAUGGCUUUGAACUUGGAACCUGACAAUGUUGGUGUGGUGGUAUUUGGAAAUGACAAGCUUAUUAAGGAAGGAGAUGUUGUAAAGAGAACAGGGGCUAUUGUAGAUGUACCUGUUGGGGAAGGGAUGUUAGGGAGAGUGGUAGAUGCAUUGGGUAACCCAAUUGAUGGCAAGGGAACACUGGCUGACACCACACGAGCUCGUGUAGGAAUCAAGGCUCCUGGUAUCAUUCCUCGUACAUCUGUGAAUGAACCUAUGUUGACUGGUAUCAAGGCUGUGGACAGCUUAGUUCCUAUUGGACGAGGACAGCGAGAACUUAUUAUUGGAGACAGACAGACUGGCAAAACUGCCAUUGCUAUUGAUACCAUCAUCAAUCAGAAGAAAUUUAAUGAAGGAACAGAUGAAAAAAAGAAACUCUAUUGCAUAUAUGUGGCUAUUGGACAGAAGAGAAGUACUGUUGCUCAGCUGGUGAAGAGAUUGACAGAUGCUGAUGCUAUGAAAUACACCAUUGUGGUAAGUGCUACUGCCUCAGAUGCUGCCCCUCUACAGUAUUUGGCUCCUUACUCUGGUUGUGCUAUGGGAGAAUACUUCAGAGACAAUGGAAAACAUGCUUUGAUCAUAUAUGAUGACUUGUCAAAACAGGCUGUGGCGUAUCGUCAGAUGUCACUUCUAUUGCGUAGACCCCCUGGUCGUGAAGCCUACCCAGGUGAUGUGUUCUACCUUCACUCGCGUCUCUUGGAGAGAGCAGCAAAAAUGAAUGAUGACAACAAGGGAGGUUCCCUGACUGCACUUCCAGUUAUUGAAACUCAGGCAGGUGAUGUGUCAGCAUAUAUUCCAACCAAUGUGAUUUCCAUCACUGAUGGUCAGAUCUUCUUGGAGACAGAGCUGUUUUACAAAGGUAUCCGUCCUGCUAUCAAUGUGGGUUUGUCUGUGAGCAGAGUGGGGUCUGCUGCCCAAACCAAGGCCAUGAAACAGGUUGCUGGAUCCAUGAAACUUGAGCUUGCACAGUAUCGUGAAGUGGCAGCUUUUGCUCAGUUUGGUUCUGAUCUGGAUGCUGCUACUCAGUCCCUCCUCAACCGAGGUGUCCGUCUCACUGAACUUCUUAAGCAAGGACAGUACGUGCCAAUGGAAAUCGCAGAGCAAGUGGCCGUGAUCUAUGCUGGCGUUAGGGGUCAUCUUGAUAAGGUGGACCCUUCCCGCAUCACAGCGUUUGAAGAAGCUUUCCUGAAACACAUCCGCACAUCACAGAAGGAUCUUAUCGAGACCAUCAGGAAGGAGGGUGUCAUCUCAGAAGACACAGAUGCUAAGCUCAAGAAGGUCGUCACAGAGUUCAUCGCAUCUUUUGAAUAAUUUUUCUUAAAAGUGUUAAUAUUUUUUUCAACCGCAGCUUGUGUUAAAUGUGUCCUUUUACGAAAUCAACUUGCCAGUUGUUUUGGCGGUGCUAGGAAAAUAAAAAGAAACUGAACUGGAGACAAGAUACAUGCUGCGUCGUGUUAACAGUGCUUUGUUAAUAAACUACAUUCAUAACUGUA